UUGAGGGGGCUCUUUUAAAACCACAGUCAAAAACAGACAUUGGGGCUGAGAGGCAGAGCAGCCUGCAGCCGUGGAUCUACCUGCCUACCUCUAACAGCUAGCAGAGGCCUCUGGCAGCUACCAUCCCUUCUGGAGUCUUUCUGUGCAUGUAGAAUGCAGAGAAGUCCUGGAGACGUACCUCCAAGGCAGCUGGCCUCCCGACAUUUCCUUGGAAAGCGCAACCACCAUUAUGGGAAUGUGAACAGCCAGAGACUACGCAGGAAAAAGAAAAAAAUCUGGAAGUCUUAGGUGGCUUCACCAUUCAGCCUUUGAACAAAAGGAGCAAUAUGGAAUACAAGAUUUUUUUCUCUUUUGAAUACUCUUCUACUGAAAUGAUGUUUCCAAGUGAAAGUUUUUCCAAUUUCCCAAUCUAUUAGGGUUUGAAUUUUAUGUUUUAUUUUGUUCACAGUGCAAAUUUUAUUCACAGCAGUAUAUCUUCCCGGGUGCCCUGUCUUUCUCUAUAAUUACCCUGAGGAACCCCAGCAUCUAUUUUAAGGAGAAAAUAAGGCUCCAGGGUAUCUGGAGAUGCACAUAUACAUUAUUGGUGGGAAGGUGGUCCUGUGGAGUGAGUACCUGCUUUGGGGAAAGAGGCUUUCUGAGAUCACCAAAACUGCUGAAGGGAGUCGUUUUUGCAGAUAUUAGGCCUGCAAGUACCCCUAGCCAAAAAGACGGCGUGAUUAAUACCUUGUUUUUUUUUUAUGUUUGUUGAUUAGGUGCCAGCCUUGUGCUAAGAACUUGACAGGUCUAACCUGACAAAAGCCCUAUAAAGUAGAUAUUACUAGCCUCAUUUUAUAGGGAAAAUUUCAUCGAGUGCUUAAACUCAGUUUCUAAUUGUAAAAUAAUAAGGGCUAGUCUUUCAAGCCAAGGACUUGCCUGGGGCUAAAGCGUGAAAGAAAAGGUACUUGGAGUCACAUUUGGGUAGAUUUUCUGGUGAAUCUCUGUUGGUAAGUGUCACAAAUGUUAGGUUAAUGGAGUAGACUAUGCAUUGAUUUGGCUCCUGUUGAAAUUUUAAGACAUGAAUUGGCUUGAAACACAGAUUUCCUUAUCAAGUGAGGCUACUCUGUUUAGUAAGCCAGGGUUUUUCAAUUCAAGACAAAAAAAUACCUUGUCCUUCCCUUUGUAGUCCCCUAAAUUGUAAGGAGAGCUUUGUAAACAUGAUGUCAAGUAUAAAUUAAGAAUCCUUGCCACACUGACUUCACUUAAUUAUACUAUUGUUCACACUGAUUGCUAUCUUUUAGCUCUUUCUUGAUAAACAAUGAACUAGUUUCCGUUUCAGUUGUAGAGCUGAUUAACAUCAGUCUUGGAAAACCACAAAUGGGAAACUACCCCUAAUCCAGAUUGCCUGGGAGGACUUUUCUGCAUCCCUGUUUGGAUGGAGGAAUCUUUCUCUAGAGAGCAGGUUGCCAUCAUUAUUUUAUUGGUUCAGUAUGAACAGGAGGGCAGCAAGGUAACCAGUUAUUGCCAUGAGACCAUGCCUGGGUGGGUACAUGAUGUACUGGGCCGGAACUGGGCUUGUUUCACUGGAAGAAAGGUGGGAACUGCCUCUGAGAAUGUGAACAUGAACAUAGCACAUCUUGAGACUCCCCAUGAAAGGUAUUCUAAUAGGCUUUACAAAUAUAACCACGACUUUGUGAAAGCUGUCAAUACUAUUCAGAAGUCUUGGACUGCAACCACGUACUUGGAAUAUGAGAUGCUUACCCUGAGAGAGAUGAUCAGGAAAGGUGGUAGCCACCAUGGGAGAAUCCCAAGGCCCCAACCUGCACCACUGACAGCUGAAAUAAAUAAACAGGUUUCACAUUUGCCGACAUCUUGGGACUGGAGAAAUGUUCGUGGUACCAAUUUUGUCACUCCUGUUCGAAACCAGGCAUCUUGUGGAAGCUGCUACUCAUUUGCUUCUGUGGGUAUGCUGGAGGCAAGAAUCCGUAUACUGACCAACAAUACCCAGACCCCGAUCUUGAGUCCUCAGGAGGUUGUGUCUUGCAGCCAAUAUGCUCAAGGCUGUGAAGGUGGCUUCCCAUACCUCAUUGCAGGAAAGUACGCACAAGAUUUUGGGCUGGUAGAAGAGGCUUGCUUCCCCUACACAGGCACCGAUUCUCCAUGCACACCGAAGAAAGACUGCUUCCGUUACUACUCCUCCGAGUAUCACUACGUGGGGGGUUUCUACGGGGGCUGCAAUGAAGCCCUGAUGAAGCUGGAGCUGGUCCAUCAGGGGCCCAUGGCAGUUGCUUUUGAAGUCUAUGAAGACUUCUUCCACUACAGCAAGGGGAUCUAUUACCACACUGGCCUGAGAGACCCCUUCAACCCGUUUCAGCUGACUAAUCAUGCUGUUCUGCUGGUGGGCUAUGGCACUGACUCAGCCUCUGGGAUGGACUACUGGAUUGUGAAAAACAGCUGGGGCAGGGGCUGGGGUGAAGAUGGUUACUUCCGGAUCCGCCGAGGAACUGAUGAGUGUGCAAUCGAAAGCAUAGCAGUGGCAGCCACGCCAAUUCCUAAAUUGUAGGGUAUGCCUCCCAGAAUUUCAUAACGACUGCCAUCGGACAUGAAAGGGGAUUGAUUUAUCCAGAGACUGAAGCCUUUUACAGCAGCAGUUUCGGAAGAUUACAAAUAGAUUCCUCUGAAGAAUUUUUGCCUUUGAAACUAGAACUGCCCUUGAUUUUAAUAAACCUUCCCAUCAACCACUGGCCUACUUUUUUCUAGCUACCCAUUAAAUGAGGUUUUUAUAGCUAUACAAUAAUGAAUUCUGCUAAUAAUUUGUAAUUCAAACAAACUGUAUUUUUAAAAAUCUGUGCUAUUUUUAAAAAUCUGUGUGAUAGCACAGAUGUUUAAAUUGUAAAAAUCACAAGAAAAUAAUGGCAAUGAGUAUUAAACUUUUAAGAAGUUCUUCAUAAAUGUCCAGGUGAUAAAAAUUAUAUAAUCUAUGUGUGUGCUUGAGAGUUUUUGCCAUUGGCUUCUUCACUUAGAUUCACUCAUGUGACUUAUGUAAGUACUUUAUUAAGAAAAAGCAUUUGUGGGUAUUUCAAUUAAAAAUAAAACUGAACCUCUA